AUGGCUUAUUCACCCCAUGGUUGGUGGUCUAUCCUCAUUGGCAUCACUUUCCUGUGUGCCAUAGGGUCCAGUAGAGGUAAGUGGUCUAUUCACCAAUCAUGUAGGCUACCUAAUAAGAGUCAUGUCAAGAACACGUGAUAUUCUUCCUUAGUGAUACUUCAAAGCAUUUGUCCAAGAUAGAUUCAUACAAUGUCCAAGACACCAUUUCUCCCUGUCCACAGACCGUGUACUCUGCAAGUCUGCGUUUGCCUUGAACUGUUCUCAUAUGCUGAAGGAGGACACUUGAUCUUUUAAUAAACACCCUCUGAAUAUAUCUCUAAUAGUAUGAGCUGAUUUCUUGCUGUCUCACUUCUCUGUGUGCCAAUAGUCACCAAACUACAGUAUUGUACAGUAUUGAGCGCAGGCUUUUAUUCUAGCCCAGCAUGAACACACCUGAUUCUACAAAUAUAUAAUAUUUAUGGUGUGUUAUUGGUGGGUUAUAACAAAAACCUGCACACCCUGUAGCUUACCAAAACCAGUGCUGGUGACCCUUGUUCCGCUGUGUUUUCUGUUCCGCUUCUAUGACAAUGGUGCUAAAACAAGUCUAUUUAACUUCCAUUUUCUUUCAAAAGUUGCUGACUAUUUUGCUCAUCUUCAGUUUACUCCUCUGUUCAUUCCCCAGUAAGGUAACAACAGUUUUCUUUGUUGUUUUGUUGUGCCUCCAGCUGAUAAGCCGUGUACUGCAUCAUCCAGCAUUGGGGACCUGGUCCUUCUGGGCUCCAGCUUCCAGGUGUUCUGUACCUAUCAGGCCAGCUGUGGAGCUUCCAAAUCAAUGCACAUAGACAAGAAGAAAACACAUCAAAUGCAGCCCUACAACUCUACAACUAUAUUCCUUAAUGUGACAAACAUAAGUAAAAACACAACGUACACCUGCUUGUGUGAAGGAGAACCUGAGCCUUGUGGACUCGACAUUGAUACUGGAUGUAAGUAUGGAAUAGUAUACUCUGCAAUAGAGUAUUCUGCAAUACCAGAGCACUCUGCAAUACUUAACUAAAGCGUUGACAGUGACCAGAAUAACUUGCUGAGAGUAACUAUAGGGCUGGGGCUGUGAAACCAAACUGAAUGGGAGAGAUGGAGAAAAACAACUUGUGCGUUUUGACACUCAUGAUGCAAACACCGCUCCCUGAAUUAGCCAGUCAGAUAUGCAGUGUGACAUAUUUUCAUCAAGUAGUCUUUAAGUGCAACAUGUGGUGGAGGAGUUGCAUUAUAAAGUUUGCUCUAUACCUCUUGGAGCCUACUAGUCUGACUACUAACUAGUUCAACCCAUGUCAGUGUCAGCACUUCUAACAGGUGUGUCAGAGGUGCAAGUUUAAAUGAUACACAUCUAACUCUCAUGUCAGUGGUCUUUAAAGGAGCAAGACCAUCACAUGCUGGUUACUGGUCCAAAGCACAAUGAGAAAAACACUUUGUCCCAGACCAUGUCCUUUCGUGUUGUUGAUGUAUUGUCAUGGUUACCUUGCAGACCCACCUGACCUGCCAGAAAAUGUAACCUGCAUCCAGAAAGGAGAAUUUGGAGAGGUGAUGUGUCAAUGGAGGAGAGGAAGGGAAACUCACCUGACAACCACUUCAAAGCUCUGGUGAGUUUGGAAGAGAAAGAGAAAGGGACAGGCAGUACUGUGUCAUGUAUCAAAUCAUAGCUUAAUAGGGAUCUGAGCUGAGGAAUCGCAGGGUUGUUGGUCUCUCUCACAUGUUGGAGCAGCCUUGGUGGUCAAGCAUACUUCUGCUACCAACAACCCAAUAUGGCAAGACAACGACAAGUUUAAGUAAAAACAGACUCAUCACUGUUAUGUUCUGCUCAGUAUAGUUUUUCCCCAUACAGACUCAAAUACGGAGAAUAAAACAAAAAGAGAAAAAAAGAAAAGGAAAAUGCACAUGAGAUAGAACACCCAGCUGGUAUGGAUGAGGUGUACUGUAAAGUAAAGAAUGACUUGUAUGUGUUUCAUGUGUUUCAGGGUGAGAGCUGUGUUUGGUAACAGCACAGCAGGAUCUGUAUCCUACCCUGGUUCUGGUUCCAGGUCUGAUCCUGGUCUAGUCUCAGCUCAUUUCUCUGUGUCUGGUUCUGUCCAGACUAAGUACUCCGUGUGGGCCAGCUCCUCUAACAAGCUGGGCUCUGCUGUGUCCACCACCCUCAACUUCACACUCAACCACAUUGGUACGGCAGCUGCAAAGGAACAAAAAAUAAUAUAACACUGAUUAUGCAAUUUUGAACAUUCGGCACCUGUAUGAGCAAAUGUGCACCUAUCUAUGCAUUUAGCAAUCAUUGCUUAUUUUUUUAAAUUUUUGUGCAAUUACAAAUUAAUUCAUUCACUAUUUUAACAUUUAACUGCAGUGAGCUGUAAAUCAAAUGUUAUUUGUCACAUGCGCCAAAUACAACAGGUGUAGACCUUACAGUGAAAUGCUUACUUACAAGCCAUUAACCAACAAUGCAGUUUUAAGAAAAAUAAGUGUUAAAGAUAAAUAAGUGUUAAUCAGGGUCACACAGAGUGUUUCUUGGGUCACAGAGAGUGUUUCUUGGUAGUCCUAAACAAAUCUACUGAAACAAAAGUAUACACCUUCCACACAUGGUUAUGGGCUUAAAAAAUAUACCAUGUACCAUGUCAGAUAUAGAGUUUAAAUGUAUUCAAUUUUGAGUUUGCAUCCCAAUAUUACACUUUAUAUACAUCAUAGAAGACUGAAACAUAACAGAACCAUUCAACAUAGAAACACUGGAUUUUUGGCGUAAAAAAAGAAUGGACGUUUAUUAAUUAUAACAUUCCACCAUAAGGCCACUAGAGAGCGCUUUGGUCAUUUGACUUCUAGGCUUUGUAAUCUACCUAACGUUUGUUUUAGAAAUGACCAAUGCAGCAGUUAUGAUGCAUUCUAGAUGAGUACUAAAAGAUGUUUGUCAGGUUUGGGUGAGUAAUAUCACUGGUGAGGCUCUCUGCACUCUGCAUCCACUACUGUACUCUCUCGGUCCAUACUAACUGUCCUACGUGUAUCCCUGUCCAUAUUGACUGCUCUCUCUCUCUCUCUCUCUCUCGCUCUCGCUCUCACUCUCACUCUCACUCUCGCUCUUUCUCUUUCUCUCUCUCUCUCUCUCUCUCUCUCUCUCUCUCUCUGUCUCUCUCUUUCUCUCUCUCUCUCUCUAUAGUGCAGCCCAGGCCCCCUGCUGUGUCCCAGGUAGAGUGCUGGUCGCGGGGCUGUGAGGUCAGGGUGGAGGAGGCUCAGGGAGCUCAGCUCCUGGAGGUCCAGCAGAGAGCAGCCCAGGGACCAGGACCAUGGAUAUCACACCCAUACACUGUAAGAACCACUGUCACACAGUUACCCACGCACUGUAAACAUCACCUGCCAUAUAGGGAACUGACUGAGUAUUGACCAUUAUACACAUACAAUCCAAUGCUGCUUUGCUAGAAGUUGAGUUGCAAAACCGUUGCAAGACACACACAAGACACAACCUCACAUGUAAGAUUUGACCUUAAACCACAAGACCUCUCGGCUGAGUCAGAAGCAGAGGCAGAUUUGACUGGGGUUUGCAGAUCCCUGCCAAGCCAGUCAAGCAUCUAUAUGUCUUCACUUUUUAGUAGUCCACUCAUGCCUUGUCUGCCUUGGCAGCCCCCCACAUGCAAGUCUUAUGAUUGUGUAAUGAAUAUGUAAUAAUUGUCUUAUAAAUGUGUAAUACAUGUCUUAUAAAAGUAAUACUGUGUUCUGACUGCUGUGCCUCACAGGCAGGUUCAGUGAGGAACCAGUCCAUUGUGUCUCUGCAGCCCUACACAGAGUAUGAGUUCCAGGCCAGGGUCAGACUGAGCCAUGAGAGAGGCAUCUGGAGUGACUGGAGCCCACCCCUCUCUAACCAGACACAGGAGGAGGGUAAGAACACUAGCACUGCACUGUCUGGGUGAUUCGUUGGUCCUGCGGAUGGCCUUUAUAGACGGGUUGGUUGUUUAGCAACAAAGCUGACUUGUGUGCAACUAUGGGGCAAAACAGACAGGGUUGGCUUAGAUUGUUGACAACAUGUUAACUAUACUUUGUCUCCAACGUUUAUUGAAAGCAUAAAUAAAGUUUCACAAUAUGCACUUGUUGUCUCUCAAAUAUACUGAACAGAAAUAUAUACGCAACAUGCAACAAUUUCAACGAUUUUACUGAGUUACAGUUCAUAUAAGGAAAUCAGUCAAUUGAAAUAAAUGUAUUAGGCCCUAAUCUAUGGAUUUCACAUGACUGGGCAGGGGCGCAGCAAUGGGUGGGCCUGGGAGGGCAUAGGCCCACCUACUUGGGAGCCAGGCCCAUCCACUGGGGAGCCAGGCCCAGCCAAUCAGAAUGAGUUUUUCCCCACAAAAGGGCUUCAUUACAGACAGAAAUACUUCUCAGUUUCAUCAGCUGUCCGGGUGGCUGGUCUUGAAUGAUCCCGCAGGUGAAGAAGCUUGAUGUGCAGGUCCUGGGCUGACGUACUGCCAAAUUCUCUAAAAUGAUGUUGGCGGUGGGUUAUGGUAGAGAAAUUAACAUUCAAUUCUCUGGCAACAGCUCUGGUGGACAUUCCUGCAGUCAGUCAGCAUGUCAAUUGCACACUCCCUCAAAACAAGGCAUCUGUGGCAUUGUGUUGUGUGACAAAACUGCACACUUUGGAGUGGCCUUUUAUUGUCCCCAGCACAAGGUGCACCUGUGUAAUGCUCAUGUUUGCCAUAUUAGCAUAGACGUGACAUCAGUCAAAACACCUCAAAGCAAGACAUGGUAUCCAGAACAAGAUAAAACUAACUGAAACGAGCCACUUAUGAUUCCCCACAUGGCAGUUUCUUGUCGUUGUUGCUAGCUAUCUGGCCAUCCAAAAUCACAACAACACACAAACUUCUGUCCCACUGAAGUGUGCACAUCGUUUUCAUGACUUUCUCAGCUAACCCAUCUAUAGCAGAACCAGUGAUGUACAGUUAUAUACGCCUGGUAACUGGGGUUCUAUCAUACAUCUCUAUCAGUGACAGAUUCAGUGGACAUGUGUCACUUUAUUAAUGAUGCCCUGUAGUAUACUGUACUGGUUGGUUGUGACUCUAAGUUAUUGUGCAGUUGUGUGCUACAGAGUAUGAAAGAGAGACAGAGAGUAGAAAUCGGUUUGAACAUGAUGAGGUGGAAAAGAAGAUGCUCAGGGAAAGUUUCAGUUUUGACAUUGUAUAGAUGAUGUCAGAUUACAGAUGUAGUUUAGACAUAGUUUUCCCUUCACACACCUGCAUAUAGAGCCUAAUCAAAGGUGAACCCUGUCUACAAGUCAACAGUUUCCUGUGAGUGUAGAAAACAUGAUUUAGAUUAAACUGAGUUGUAUCACAGAGAUAAGCUUGCCCUCUCUAUACCUACACUUACAUAGAGCAUUGUGAAACAUGCAUCUAAGAAGGUUUAAUCUGAUCCCAGGCCAGGAGAUUUCAGGUGUUUCUGGAAACACCUCAUAACAUAGUGUUCAUCAUCAUACUGAGAGGAACAACAAAGUAUCCUUAUGGUCAACACUAAGCAGGAUCAUAUCGUAUAAUGAUCGGCAUCACAAAUUUAGAAUUGACGUGUACUGGAUAAUUUAUCAUCUGGCUAAAUACGGUAACACUGCCUUCAUUCAGUGAAGUGACUUCAUUAAUUUACAGUGAAACGAUACUGUUCUUUAUUUCAUGCGUUGUUUUACCGACCAGUACUCAUCAUGUAUAAGUAGAAGAUGAGAAAAUAAUGUCCCUCGGCAGUAUUGAGUGACAGUCUUUAACUUUGAGAGUGUCUCUGCAUCUCUGAGAGCUAUCAACCACACCAUCACCCUGUAGGAGAGAUAGUCACAGUGUGGUAGCCUCACCAUAACCUCACCUCCCUUCUCUGUCGUCAUUCAUCUGCUCUGUAAGCCACAUGGCCCACUGCUGUGCGUAUUUGUGUUGGUGUGUGUGUGCGCACAGCAACCAAAAUUCCCCCUCUCUCACUUCCUGAUCAUCAAGGGAGGAGUUUCUUUUUCAUUGAACAAAAAGUAAGAUACGGAAAAACAUUGAACGAUGACCCACAUUUUGAAACUUAACAAGAUUAGGCAUGACAGGUCAACAGAUAUCAGAAAAGACGAUGAAACAUAAACAUCUUAACUCCUCAAGUGUUGAUGUGGUAAUUAUGAGGAUAAGCAGCUACCCAUUAAUCUUGAUGACAUUAUUCUGGUGAAAUAAAUACAUUAGAGAUAAGGCAUUGGCUUACACUGGAAGUGAUGUGCAACUUCCCUGCGGGGUUAAUUAAGUGUUUGCUUCUUGGAGGUGGACAAACCUCGUUGUUACCAUCAUUUAUGAGAGAUGCUAUCACCUUUUUUGGAAUACCAAGAAUUUGACAUAACCCAGAUAAGCACCUCAUGCCAAAUAAGCCUUUUAGUAGCGCAUCUGAAUUAUAUUUGAUGAUGCUGUGUUUGUCCUGUCUGCUGACUUACAGGAUGCAGAUCAAAUCAGUCUGGAAUUAUAUGUCACUUUGGUUGGCAGUUUAUUAUUUGAUGCAAAAACUGUAAAAAUGUUGUUUCCAGGAAAUAUUAGUAAUGUCUGAGACACGUCCUUGUUCUGAAGAAAACAUAAUGAAGGUUGUCAGAUGGUUAUCAAAACACAAAAUAGGCUGAAGGCUGAUGGCUAUCACAAUGACCUUGUACAUACAAGCUAUGUACUUAAUGGAUAGAAUAGAAUAGUACUUUAUUGGUGCCAACCACCCAGACAUCAUACAAAUACACAGCAAACAUUUUGGGAGUAUACAUCAAUUUUGGGAGGAGCAUGGGGUCAGCCACAGCUAACUGUUGCAAAGAAUAAACGGUUUGUAUGCUGUGCUCUUUUACAGCACCUGCCAAGGCCCUGGAUGUGUGGUACACAACCUCCAACUCUCCCAACAACUCCAUCACUUUACACUGGAAGGUGAGCAUUCAAACAGAUGUCUUAAUAUAUACACUGCUCAAAAAAAUAAAGGGAACACUUAAACAACACAAUGUAACUCCAAGUCAAUCACACUUCUGUGAAAUCAAACUGUCCACUUAGGAAGCAACACUGAUUGACAAUACAUUUCACAUGCUGUUGUGCAAAUGGAAUAGACAACAGGUGGAAAUUAUAGGCAAUUAGCAAGACACCCCCAAUAAAGAAGUGGUUCUGCAGGUUGUGACCACAGACCACUUCUCAGUUCCUAUGCUUCCUGGCUGAUGUUUUGGUCACUUUUGAAUGCUGGCGGUGCAUUCACUCUGGUGGUAGCAUGAGACGGAGUCUACAACCCACACAAGUGGCUCAGGUAGUGCAGCUCAUCCAGGAUGGCACAUCAAUGCGAGCUGUGGCAAGAAGGUUUGCUGUGUCUGUCAGCAUAGUGUCCAGAGCAUGGAGGCGCUACCAGGAGACAGGCCAGUACAGGAGGGCAACAACCCAGCAGCAGGACCGCUACCUCCGCCUUUGUGCAAGGAGGAGCAGGAGGAGCACUGCCAGAGCCCUGCAAAAUGACCUCCAGCAGGCCACAAAUGUGCAUGUGUCUGCUAAAACGGUCAGAAACAGACUCCAUGAGGGUGGUAUGAGGGCCCGACGUCCACAGGUGGGGGUUGUGCUUACAGCCCAACACCGUGCAGGACGUUUGGCAUUUGCCAGAGAACACCAAGAUUGGCAAAUUCGCCACUGGCGCCCUGUGCUCCUCACAGAAGAAAGCAGGUUCACACUGAGCACGUGACAGACGUGACAGAGUCUGGAGACGCCGUGGAGAACGUUCUGCUGCCUGCAACAUCCUCCAGCAUGACCGGUUUGGCGGUGGGUCAGUCAUGGUGUGGGGUGGCAUUUCUUUGGGGGGCCGCACAGCCCUCCAUGUGCUCGCCAGAGGUAGCCUGAAUGCCAUUAGGUACCGAGAUGAGAUCCUCAGACCCCUUGUGAGACCAUAUGCUGGUGCGGUUGGCCCUGGGUUCCUCCUAAUGCAAGACAAUGCUAGACCUCAUGUGGCUGGAGUGUGUCAGCAGUUCCUGCAAAAGGAAGGCAUUGAUGCUAUGGACUGGCCCGCCCGUUCCCCAGACCUGAAUCCAAUUGAGCACAUCUGGGACAUCAUGUCUCGCUCCAUCCACCAACGCCACAUUGCACCACAGACUGUCCAGGAGUUGGCGGAUGCUUUAGUCCAGGUCUGGGAGGAGAUCCCUCAGGAGACCAUCCGCCACCUCAUCAGGAGCAUAUCCAGGCGUUGUAGGGAGGUCAUACAGGCACGUGGAGGCCACACACACUACUGAGCCUCAUUUUGACUUGUUUUAAGGACAUUACAUCAAAGUUGGAUCAGCCUGUAGUGUGGUUUUCCACUUUAAUUUUGAGGGUGACUCCAAAUCCAGACCUCCAUGGGUUGAUACAUUUGAUUUCCAUUGAUAAUUUUUGUGUGAUUUUGUUGUCAGCACAUUCAACUAUGUAAUGAAAAAAGUAUUUAAUAAGAUUAUUUCAUUCAUUCAGAUCUAGGAUGUGUUGUUUAAGUGUUCUCUUUAUUUUUUUGAGCAGUGUAUAUUCUAUAGUAUUCACUGUGGUGUUUUUGCAGACUUUACUGUAGUAUUCACUGUGUUGUUUUUGUGCAAAAACAUUACAGUUAAUACUGUAGUAUUUACAGUAGUGUUUUUGUGGACAUGCCUGUACUGUAGUAUUUAUGAUGGGACAUUGAUACCGGAGCUCCAAUGCAGUUUUCAAAGCACUACUGAUCCAAUACAAUGUACCGAUGCUCGUUUCAAAGUAUCAUUAUCGCGUGAUCAAUGACGCCCGAAGCUUUGUUUGAUCAUGUGGUUUUUCAAACAGUGGUUUGCAAAAUGAGAGAUCCCACAGAUUUCGCCAUGGUUACGGUGCUUUCUUCGAUUCCAAGUUGCUUUCAAACACUGACUACUGUACACCUUACUUAUAAUGUAAUUUAGUUAAGAUUUUGUGAUGUAGUGUCACCGGAACGGUAGCUCAGCAGGUAGUCGGGGAACAGUUAAUGGGGUUGAUUCCUGGCGAAGGCUUAUUAUUUAGAAAAUUGUUUUAUGUGACACCACACUUUCUGCACAUGUUUAUUUAGUAUGGUAUAAGCUUCUGUCUAAAGCAUCCAAAAUAAUGCCAUAGAUUCCGUUUUUGACAGCAAAACAAAAGGGAUUCACAGCUAAAAAGGGAAGCAUGAUGUAAGGUGAAAACCUGUAAUGGUAAAUUAUAGUAGGCUAUUAACACCCACAAUGAACCGCUGUGCCACAGAGAUUUUAUGAAUAUUGUGGAAAAAAACGUAUUUAUGAACAUCCUCGCUGCUUUAUAUUGCUAACCGGCAGAUGUCACAUUUGACAACCGUUCCCCAUGUGUAUCAAGAAUAGUCCACCGUCAAAAGGACAUCCAGCCAACUUUACACAACUUUGGGAAGCAUUGGAGUCAACAUGUAGACACCUUGUAGAGUCCAUGCCCCGAUGAAUUGAGGCUGUUUCUGAGGGCAAAAGGCAGGGGGAUGCAACUCAAUAUUAGUAAGGUGUUCUUAAUGUUUUGUACACUCAGUGUAUAUGCCGUUUGUCAUAAAAUAUGGUGUCUCUAGCUCUAUCUAUCUCUGAGUAAUUAGGAAAAAAACUACAAGUUUUACUUUCGUCCUGGUUCUGUCCUAAACUGUAGCAUUUCAUGCGUCUGUAUAAAGCUUUCUUAGCCAUAGCUGCAGCCUGUGGUCUAGUUACUCCGCUAGCUCCGCUACAUUAGCUAAACGUUUAACUCUUACCUCUUCUGAGAGGGGAUACCACCACCCACCACCCCCCCCCCCCCAACCCCCCCCCAACCUCACCCCAUUGGUGUGAGAGGCUCCGUCUCCAAUGAUUUGUGAGACUGAAACCUGGGCCAGACACGUCACAGUUUCAGUUUACAAGAAACAGAAGAUGAGCAGUUUAAAAUAAAUGAUAGAUCCCUUACACACCUCUCCUCUCCCUGCAGGGAUAGCGUGCCUUCUUAGCUGUUCCUGGGGAAAUACAAUAAAGUUGAAUUAAAUGUUAAGCUAACACAAUGGUAGGGGCAUGUUGAUAUUGUUAUCAUCAUAACAAAUGUUGGAAAGGCAACAAUAUAGCUAACUGUAGAAACAGUCAGACUCUAGGGGAGAAUCUCAAUUACAUACUCCUCUCUCGUUGCCUCCUUCGCAAAACCCAUUGGAUGAGAAAGCCAGAGGUCUCUCACCUCUGACCUUCUCCUCCAAUGGGUUUUGAGAAGGAGAGAGAAGAGAGGACACGAGGAGUAUGCUAUUGAGAUUCUCCCUUGCUUUAGGAUUCUAUGCUGGGAAACAGAAAUGGGAUUAAAACACUGAUAGCCAAUCCUAUCACUGCAUCAUUUGUGGUUGUUGCCCAUGGAGUGGGCCUGUGUUUUAUACAGUGGGGAGAACAAGUAUUUGAUACACUUUAUGAUUUUUAAGUAAUUAAUUUGCAUUUGAUUGCAUGACAUAAGUAUUUGAUCACCUACCAACCAGUAAGAAUUCCGGCUCUCACAGACCUGUUAGUUUUUCUUUAAGAAGCCCUCCUGUUCUCCACUCAUUACCUGUAUUAACUGCACCUGUUUGAACUCGUUACCUGUAUAAAAAGACACCUGUCCACACACUCAAUCAAACAGACUCCAACCUCUCCACAAUGGCCAAGACCAGAGAGCUGUGUAAGGAUAUCAGGGAUAAAAUUGUAGACCUGCACAAGGCUGGGAUGGGCUACAGGACAAUAGGCAAGCAGCUUGGUGAGAAGGCAACAACUGUUGGCGCAAUUAUUAGAAAAUGGAAGAAGUUCAAGAUGACGGUCAAUCACCCUCGGUCUGGGGCUCCAUGCAAGAUCUCACCUCGUGGGGCAUCAAUGAUCAUGAGGAAGGUGAGGGAUCAGCCCAGAACUACACGGCAGGACCUGGUCAAUGACCUGAAGAGAGCUGGGACCACAGUCUCAAAGAAAACCAUUAGUAACACACUACGCCGUCAUGGAUUAAAAUCCUGCAGCGCACGCAAGGUCCGCCUGCUCAAGCCAGCGCAUGUCCAGGCCCGUCUGAAGUUUGCCAAUGACCAUCUGGAUGAUCCAGAGGAGGAAUGGGAGAAGGUCAUGUGGUCUGAUGAGACAAAAAUAGAGCUUUUUGGUCUAAACUCCACUCGCUGUGUUUGGCGGAAGAAGAAGGAUGAGUACAACCCCAAGAACACCAUCCCAACCGUGAAGCAUGGAGGUGGAAACAUCAUUCUUUGGGGAUGCUUUUCUGCAAUGGGGACAGGACGACUGCACCGUAUUGAGGGGAGGAUGGAUGGGGCCAUGUAUCGCGAGAUCUUGGCCAACAACCUCCUUCCCUCAGUAAGAGCAUUGAAGAUGGGUCGUGGCUGGGUCUUCUAGCAUGACAACGACCCGAAACACACAGCCAGUGCAACUAAGGAGUGGCUCCGUAAGAAGCAUCUGAAGGUCCUGGAGUGGCCUAGCCAGUCUCCAGACCUGAACCCAAUAGAACAUCUUUGGAGGGAGCUGAAAGUCCGUAUUGCCCAGCGACAGCCCCGAAACCUGAAGGAUCUGAAGAAGGUCUGUAUGGAGGAGUGGGCCAAAAUCCCUGCUGCAGUGUGUGCAAACCUGGUCAAGACCUACAGGAAAUGUAUGAUCUCUGUAAUUGCAAACAAAGGUUUCUGUACCAAAUAUUAAGUUCUGCUUUUCUGAUAUAUCAAAUACUUAUGUCAUGCAAUAAAAUGCAAAUUAAUUACUUAAAAAUCAUACAAUGUGAUUUUCUGGAUUUUUGUUUUAGAUUCCGUCUCGCACAGUUGAAGUGUAUCUAUGAUAAAAAAUUACAGACCUCUACAUGCUUUGUAAGUAGGAAAACCUGCUAAAUCGGCAGUGUAUCAAAUACUUGUUCGCCCCAAUGUACGUGGUUCUGAAUCUGAUUGCAGAGGCUGAGUGACACAGAGGCCAGAGGGAGUAUCAAGGGUUACAAGGUCAUAGUUCACGACACCCUGGCUGGGAAAUCUGAGGGCACCACCUCCAGUAAUAAUAUUUCAGUCCUGUCCUGCUCUCGCUGUGAUAUCACUGUCUACGCCCUGAACUCCAGAGGUUCCUCACCCCCUGCCCUUGUCACCAUUCCGCUCAGAGCAGGUAAGGCAUCUCAAUUUCCUCCCCCUUUUCUCCCCCUUUUCCUCCAUCUUCCUAUUCAAGAUUCAGACUCCUCUCCAGAAAAGUUAAUUCUUGAUAAGUGCACUUUGGUUAAGUUAUUUGUUCCACUUCUUUGCUUGUUUGAGUUAAAAGACAAUCAACAUUUACAAACCACAUAGACAUAAAUGUAACAUCCAUUUGACCAUAGUUGACAGGGAAGGGUGACUGCUCUACUGAUAGUGUCACACACUCAUCUCCCUUCACAGCCAAGCCCCCUCAGUGCGUGACUUGUAGAAAUCACAGUAACCACAGCGUCACCAUCUCCUGGCAGAGGCCUGUAACUGCAGGAGCAGCCAGUGGGACAGGGUAUGGGCCAGUAAUUGGCUACCUGGUGGAAUGGUUCCCUGUAGGCAGACAGGUGGAGGAGCUCAGGUGGAAGAGACUGGGUCCUAAUGAAACCCAUACUGUCAUUAGAGGUACGUGUAGCGGAUGGAUGGCCAGCUUAGAAUCGCAUUAGAUCUCAUUGGAUCCCUGAGUAAUGACACAGCCUGUUGAUCCCUCCUCUUGCUCUCAAUCCCUCUCUCUCUCGAACUCCACCCCACCCACUCUCUCUCCUGUGUGUAGAUAACAUUAAGCCGCUAAAGUGCUAUGAGGGAGCAGUUUAUGCUCUGUAUGAGCAGGCAGUGGGCAGGGCCCAGUUUGAAGACUUCCACACCUGGGAAUCAGGUAAGACAGGAGAUCACAAUUUUUUCUAAGGUUUCACAUCAAUGGAUCAGUGCCAGAGUUUGAUUCCUAUUUGUGGUGUGACUAUGUCCUGUAGUGCCGUCUGCGGGUCCGUCUGUCUACCAGCCGGUGGUGGAGGGGGACAGAGUGACAGUGUCCUGGUCAGAGGUCCCUCAGGGAGACAGGAGGGGCUGUGUCAUCAACUACGCCAUCUAUGUGGAAAACUCAGAGGGAAAAGAUGUCGGAAACUACGGUAUGGAGAAUAACUACCAAACACAAUGUGCAUUGUGUGUGUGUGUGCUGUGUUCAUGACCUGUGGUUGUGUUCCAGUCUGCAGUGCAUCAGAGAGGUCCUUCACCAUCAGGGGCCUGCCCUCAGCAGAGUACCGUCUAUGGAUGACCGCAUCGACCGCCUCAGGACAGAGCCCCAAAACCAGACAAUCUGUCCACUUUUUCAUCAAACCUCAAAGUGAGUGUAACAAGGUUGAAAGAGUGAAAACAAUGUUUCUUAGAAUAAUCUAGCUGAAACACUCUCAGUACUACCAUUCCAGUUAUGUGAAGUGUUACAGUAAAUACAGAAUGCCUAUGUUUAUACUGUAUAAUGUUUACACUGUAUGCUUAUUAUGUACCACUGUGGGUUUGCUUUCAGACAGCUGGCUGUAUACCAUGGUCCUGGUAGGGAUCACCUCCUUCCUGGUGUUCUUCCUGGUGUUCUUUGUCCUGCUGUGUCUGUACCAGGUCUCCUCGUUACGACAACGGUAAUACAGUAGGAACAGGAACAGCCUCUAGUCCUAAUGGGGAGUCACUAGACAGCAAUGAAAUGGAAAUAUUUAUUGACUGUGUUAUUAAGUGUGUGCUCUGUUCCUGACUCACUGUCAUUCUCUUCCAUGUUCUCUCCUCCACAGAGUCUCAACACUCGUCCACUGCCUCAUGCCAGAUAUCGUUCCUGAUCCGGCCAACAGCAAAUGGGCAAAGGAGUGUGCCAAAGAGAAGGUACAUGCAAGCACGCACGCACACACGUACACACAAACACACUCUGAAUACUUAAUUUGGAUCCACAGUGAUACAUUAUAGUCUUUCCCCUUCCCGUCUUCCCCCAGGGUGAGUUGACCCUACACCUCUACCUCAGUGAGUCCAGUGUCAGUGAAGAGGAGGAGCCAGACACUGUGGAGGUCCAGGAGCUGCCUGAGGGCAGCUGGAUCUCAGGGAACCCAGCACAGCGCACUGACAGCUCCAGAACUCCAGAGGGUGCCAUUCACCCCUCCUCACAAGUCCUCUUCAUGCCCCAGCAGAUCCCCGCGACAGACCCAUCAACAACAGCCUACUUCCAGAGCUCCUACCUCAAGAGCUUCUCCCAGGAGUCAGGCUCCUCAGGACAGACACAGGACUCCCAGGGAACAGAUAUGACUGUAGAAUACAUCUCAACACACGUCCUGGGGAGCAGAGAGGAGAAGGAAGAGGAAGGUCUGGAUGUGAUGGGAUUCUUCCCCUGUCCACAGAACCCCCUGAGCCCGUUCAUGAACCCUUUGGUGUCGUUCGGAGGGAAGCUGACUCUGGAUGCAGUCAGAAUCGACUGCAGUGAGUUCUUAGACUGAGGGGAUAGACAGACAGCCAUAUAAAAUAAACCCAGGAGCAUGUUGUGUAAAGACCCUGGAUUUGGUGAGUGCAUUGCAAGCACAUCCAAGUGCUAAAUUGAGAUAGCUUGCUUUGGGACCUGCCAGAAGGUUUGAACUUCAAUGCCGACCUCUGAAGUCUUAUUCUAGUUCAGUUAAUCAAGACCUGAAGAUGUGCUUCUAUGAACACUGAAUUACAUGACUGGAACUUUUCCAGACUUUUCCAAGAAAAUGAAAGUAUCAUAAUCUUGAUUGAAAGUACACUUCAGUCCAGGAAAAUGUUUUAUGUGGGUCUUUGAAAUCAGACCUAAAUGUUUUAAUUUCAGUGUAUCAUGACUAUGAUUCUCACUAACUAAUCAUUAUAAACAGUUAUAUUGCAUUACAGUACAAUAGUACACUAUCUAUCAGAGAGGGGAAACUACAAUCCUCGGGGGCCGGAGUGGUGUAACACUUUUUCACCAUAGCAAACACAGGUGAUUAC